GAGCAGAGAGACGCGAGCGAAGGCUGUUUCACACGACUCUCCGAGCGCUCCUCAGGGUUCCUCAACUCAAUGCGACCGACUGCUACUCCGCACGAACUCUCCGAAGUCACAGGCUGUUUGGAAGCGAGCCAAGCUCGGAGCACUUUCUGACAGGUGUUUCGGUUCCACACACCCGGCGCUCAGAGGAGACUCGGAACUCAAAUCAUGUCCAACGGGAAAGAUGCACCUGUUAGCGCAAACUCCAAACGGACGUCCUUAAAGGCAUGUCUUGAAGAGUGUAUGGAGGCCAUGGAUCUGUUCCUUAACAACCACUUCAGUGAGAGUCUGGACAAACUGCAGCCACGAUGCAAAGAGAGUAUGUAUCAUGCUCUGAUCUACGCUACAGUGUUAGAGAUGCAGGCUAUGAUGACCUUUCAGCAUGACGACAUCGUAAACGCAGGAAACACAAUGAAGAGUGCUCAGGACGUUUGCCAGAGGUUUCGUAAGAGGUCUGGCAGUCUGUCAGCCAAAGCAGCAGGAGAUGAACUGUCAGAGGAGGAGCUCCAUGCUGAGGCGUGUUAUGCCGAAUGCUUGAUACAAAGAGCUGCUCUCACAUUUUUACAGGACGAAAACAUGGUGAGUUUCAUUAAAGGAGGAAUCAAAGUACGCAAUAGCUACCUCAUAUACAAGGAACUCCACUCCUUUAUUGAGUCACAUAGCUCCUUCAAAGGACCAAAUCACAAGCACCUGGAGGGAGGGGUGGCGUUUGGAAUAGGCGCUUUCAACUUGACACUUUCCUUGUUCCCUCCACGGAUUCUUAAGGUUUUAGAGUUUGCUGGAUUUUCUGGGGAUAAGAUGCCCGUAUUCAUGUGUGUAUGUGCCUGCAUUCAGGAAUAUGGAAUUUCCAAGCUGUACGAAGGGGCCACCUCCAACAACCUGCGUUCUAUGCUAUGUGCCCUACUGCUGCUCUGCUACUACACCUUCCUCUCAUUUAUUUUAGGGACAGGUGAGGGAGAUGUGGCUGAUGCUGAGAAACUGCUAAAGCCAUUUCGGUUACGAUAUCCACAUGGGGCAAUUUUUCUUUUCUUCGCGGGCAGAGUGGAGGAAAUAAAAGGCAACAUUGAUGAGGCAGUAUUGCUGUUUGAGGAUGGCUGUAAAGCACAACAGGCAUGGAAGCAAUUUCACCACAUGUGCUACUGGGAACUGAUGUGGUGCUUCACUUACAAGAGGCACUGGAAGAUGGCCUAUUUUUACGCCGACCUACUUAGCCAGGAAAGCCGCUGGUCCAAGGCUAUGUAUGUGUACAUGAAGGCUGCUUGUCUCAGUAUGCUGCCAGGAGGAGAGCCUCGGCCAUUUGGGGAGAACGAGAUUGAACUUUUCAGGCAGGUGCCAACCUUCAAACAGAAGAUAGCAGGGAAGUCUCCUCCUACAGAGAAGUUUGCUAUCCGCAAAGCCAGACGCUACAGAGCCAGCACUCCAGUACCGCUUCCUGUCCCUGUGCUCGAGAUGAUGUACAUGUGGAAUGGCUUCUCCAUGAUAAGCAAGCAACCGGAUCUCACUGCAGGCAUACUGGAAACUCUGCUGGAGGCAGAGCAAACCCUGCAGGCUGCACCCGAGAAUGAGUACACUGUGGAUGACAGCUGCCUGAUUUCGUUGUUGAAGGGACUGUGUCUGAAGAACCAAACCCGACUGCAUGCUGCUGAAGAUUGCUUUAACAAAGUUUACAGCAGUGAGAAGAAGCUAAAGUUUGACCACUACUUGAUUCCUAAUACUCUUUUGGAGCUGGGGCUGCUGUACGCUGAUACAGGGAGGAGGGACCAAGCCAUCAAACUCCUGCAGAAAGCCAAAAACAACUACAAAGAAUACUCAAUGGAGUCCCGCACUCAGUUCAGAAUCCACGCAGCUCUGUCUAAACUGAAGGCUGACACGAGUGACCAGGAUGAGAUCACAGCCCUGUAACUCUUACCCUCUAAAGUGGCAUGAUGAGGACUUGCUCUUCUCGUGAACUACAAUACCAAAGAGAGACAGUCAUCCUCACUUCAUAACUCCGUCCAGUAAAAAGGUUAAAUAUAAAGGACAGGACUCGGACAGACUUGUGGAUGUCUUAGGGACAUCUAAAACACUGCAUUCACAGCCAAUUUACAUAUGUAUUUUAAAAUGAGAAAAAAAGCUUAGAUUUAAGUAAUAGACAGUUCACUUGUGGGUGAAAUUUCGAAAGAUUUCCACAUGAAAACCAAGUAUUAUGUAGUAAUAAAUCUACCUUUAGCUACAGCAGCACUUUUAGGACUGGGAAAUAUUUGUCAGGCUUCACUAGUUAUUUUUGAUUUGGUUGAAAAUGCUUAGGUAUGGCCGUUUUGGGACAAUAUAAAAGCAUUGCAAGCAAGGCUGCGUUUUCUUUUUCGGAAAUCAAAUGAAGCAGUUCUCCAGGUACAAAAACAUGUACAAUCUUUCACGUUAAAGGAAUACAAAUUGAAGGCUCAUAGCUACUGCAUAUGACCGUUCCCAGCAAAAAGCUAAAUUUUAGAGCCAAAUUUAUACUGUUAAUUGUUUUAAAUGGACUUGUGUGCAAAAGCCAGGAUGCAUUGGCUACACAUUUCUAAGAUAUGUUUAUCAGAGUUUAAGCUGAAACAUUUUUUUUAAACUGACAGUCUUAAUAUAUUAAUGUAAUUUAAUUAACAUAUAAAUUUAUUAUGAAGAGUUAAAUUAAAAUAGAGGGGCGUUUAAGUCAAACCGGGACAUUUGGCUGUACAGAAAAACAGAACACCAUCAAGCUAGAAAGAUUUCUCAGUAUGGCUGAACAAUAAUCAGAUUGACUGCUUUAUGUCGUCAUUACUGAAACACUGGCCUUCCAGGAACUGCAUUAAUGGCCCAAACAUGUGUAAAUGGCUUGGAGCAAGGUCCAUACUAUACAGUGAAUCUUAAGUUCCUGUAAGUUACACCUCUGUUCCUGUUAUAUGGUGAGCAGUAUGGGUUGCGUUAUCCUGCAAAAAAGCACUGUGCUGUGCUUGAAAUCUUCUGCAAAUGUCAAACAGUUUACACCUUCAUUAAGUAGAAAUUUUAUCACAGGUUUGACUUGAACACCCCAUAUAUUAGAUUCAGUUAAUCUGUGAACCCUAGAAGUAGUUACUGAAUUCUGUUUAAAUGUGUGCAAAUAGCCACAUAAUAACAAUGAACAUCUUGUAUUAAGUACAUUUUUAUGUUUCUCUGUUUUAUGCAUUAUAAUUAUUGUAAUGCUUUUAGUCAGUUACACAUUAUGACUUAUUAACGGGAAAAACAUAAGUAAAUAAAAAGAUAUAAAAAGUU